CCUCCAAAUAUUACCAUCCUUGAUUCCAUUGACCGUAGCUGCUGUGAAACACAGUCCAGCCAUGUUGCUCCAACGCACCAGGCUGGCGAUGAGGUAACAGUGUAACUAUGACCUUCACACCCUCCAUUUAAUCCACUGUGUGUGCAUUACUGCAAUACGUUGUCCGUAUGAUGUAGACUGGUGGGAUAAAGGACAAAUUACACACCAGCAUAUAUGAGUAUUUACAGUUGGAAAAGAAUGGAUUUAUCGUCGGGGCUCAACAAAGGCGCGUCAGCCUAUGGAGGAAAUGGCGUGUAUCCGCCAUUGCUGCUCAUGGCUUCUUCCACCUAGUAGGCAACACACACACACACACCUACAAAAGCAACAAAUGACGUAGCGCCGAAGCUGCGCAAACGUCGACAGGCUCCUGUGGACGUCUUAUAAAACUCCGCUUCACGUUGCCUUCGUGAAAGUUGUUUUGACUGUGUUUACCACGACACGCACAUAUGUCCGAAGGCACUAGUUUAGUAUUUUGACAAGCAAUACAUAUUCAUCCGCUUCUUCAUGAGAGCCAAGAGCACGGCAGUACCCGGAUGGACUGUCAUGGCCGCCGUCGCUGUGGGUCCACAGAGAGGAGAGAAGGAAGGCAAAUGUUUGUACCGUGUGUUUUUUUCAAGCUUUAUUUUCUUUUCAUGAUGUCGGACGUUGACGGGACGCCGCCUGAACUUCCAUCGAGUUCAUAGUAUAUUGUCCACACUACAGGUUCCUCUCCUCAGUUUUGACAAGGAAUACAGCUUUCUGCAGAUCACCAGCUAUGGAAGAAGAUCUCACAAUACCUCAUGACUCAGUCAAAAACGGCAGCAUUUCAGUAAUAGAGGAUGAAAAGGACAAGGUAAAAGACUUUGUAUAUAAACACAUCAGAGAAGGGCCAGAUGGGUCUCUCUUCAAUAAUCCAGAAGAAGCUACCAUUAAGGAAUAUGGAAGUCCUACUAAGAAAGAUAAGCCAAGUAUACUAUACUAUAAAGCUCCAUGUAAAAGCCAGCAGGGGGCAGUUUUUUCUGGAAAGAUUUUGAGUUUUGGAUGCUCUGUAUGUAAGGACACUUCCACAUACAGUCCAAAUGAUCUCCUGAAGCAUUUUCAAGUGGCCCAUAAAGGAACUCUUCCUACAUACCCUUGUGAACUUUGUGGUUUUGCUGCAAAUGAGUUUUCUGCUCUUCAGCGGCAUCGGAUCGAGCACAGAAACACACUGGUUAAAUGUGAACUGUGCAAUGACGAUGUCCAGUACUCGCUGCUUUUGCUUACAAGACACUACAUUAUGUCUCACAGCCUAAACGGACAAUUUAACUGUGACUGGUGUGACUUUACAACCGUGGACGCAGGGACGUUUGUCCAGCACAUCCAUCACCACAACGAGAGUCCGUGGAAGUGUUCAAAAUGCAGACAUAUUAGCUUGAAUGACGAGGAUCAUCAGAAGCAUUUGAAAGGUCACUCUGGUACAUUCCCUUUCACAUGUCAAAUAUGUGGAUAUGGUGCAGCAAGGACUGAGUACCUGAAAAAGCACUCUGCUGCGGUUCACAAGGAGGAGACUGAAAGGAGGAGGAUAUCGAAGCUAAACUGUCUUUCUGGGAGUUUACCAAACCAAAAUGGAAGGCUAAUCAAACCAGACCUGUCUUUAGACGAGACACCCCACUUGGUGGAUGGGAAUGUAGUAAAAAAGUUUAACAAAGCUAGGAUCAGAAGUUCUCAUAAUACAGAGCAGUCAGCGUCUGUGAUGCUACAGGAAUGUGACAACGGUGCAAGCGGUGAUGCUGGAAGUCACACCAACCCUAAUGGCCUGACUGUUCUGAUGGUCAAGAACAAAAUCUCUCUCCCUCCCAACUGUACAACCAAAGUGAUGGGAUUCAAGAUGGUUGAUGGCAAAAAGCAUUUAGUUCUCAAAGUAAUUCCAGCAGGGAAGCAAGAUUCAUCCACACAGAACCAUUCCUCCAUAGAAGAGCUGGGCUUGUUGGCAUCAAAAGCUUUGCUGGAGAAAAGCAAAGUGUCUGUGGAGAAUGGGGAGUGCUCCGACAGCAGGAGCUCGUCAUCACAUUGCUUUGCCGUUUCUCCAAGAAGUGCAGCUUGCAUACAGCUGGAUCAAGAUGAAAUUAUGGCAGUCAAAGUUAAGCUUGAGGAGGAAGAAACAGCUGUUUGCGACCUUGAUUCCCCCCCACACAGAGAGGACAUCGGGGAACAAACCGAUGGAUCUUUAACCUGUUCAGAUAUGUCAUUUCCCGUGACAGAUGAAUUUGAUCACAUCAGCGACCAAAGUCCCCCAAGUCAAACCUCUUCAGAGAGAAGUGUGUUUGACAAUAAUUCUGAUGGCUCUAAAGCCAGUUAUGUGUCAAGUUUAGGUAAAGUUACUGGUUCAUCUAAAACUUUAAACGUUGUUCAGGAAACGUCGCUUUCCAGAUCAGCUGCAGAGAACUGUGAGGCUGAAGAUGAGUUUUUGACUGAUCGAGUGGCAGACAAAAACGACAACAAAAGGAACUUUCCUUUUGGCACCAGAGGAAAUAAAGACCAAUCAUCUCAGAGUACUCCAGAAAAGCCAAACAGGGAUGGGACUGAUAUCGAACCUAAAAAUAGUAAGCUGACUUUCGAAAAGCUUUUGAAAAGUGCAACUCCCCUCUCAGAGUCCUCCGUCCCCACUUUAGAUAGCCACAAAGAGACUGCUAUGGGCUCUGAAAACUGCAUACACAAUUCACCAAAUCAAGAAGUGUUUUCCUUUCAUAACUAUUCAAAGGAAAAUUUCAGCACUUCACCUAACACUACGCAAAACUAUGACAAUAUGUCUGAACACUCACCUGACAACAAAAGUAUUUGUGAUUCCUCAAAUUUUAAUUUGACACUGGCAGAAUCCCCAGAACUAUUUACAGAAAGUGUCAAUGAAGACUCGACUCAAGAAAACAACCAAGAAAGCAUUAGGAAAGUAUCAGCAACUGAAAUAGAGGUCGAUGAGUGCGUAGCCAGCGUUCAUGAUUCUGCCAAUGAGGAUGAAAACUCUGAGUCGGUGUUCCAAGAUUUUAAUAUUAUUAAAGUUGAGGAGGAAAACAUUCCUAUUUCUAAGAAUCCGCCAGAUGCCAGGAGUAAUUCCGCUGGCUUGGGCAGUUUUGUAUCGGAACAUUCAGAUGCAAUCGUUAACCAACAGCUAAAUAAGGAAAGGAAAGAAUCUGUAUGUGGAUCAAGUGAUUCUUUAAAACAAACAAAAACAACCACAAAACUGCGAAUUCUUCAGUUGCCAGACGGUAAGCAGCCAGUCCUCCUGAGGACUGCUGAGAACCGGUUCACCAUGCCCCUGCAGGUCAAGUCCACUCCAGGUUUCAAGCUAAUAACCAGUUCGUCAAAUCCUCAGAUUAAUGUAUCUUACAUGAAGCCAGGGAUAGAGAAGUUAUGUAACCUUAAGGGUGCCGGAUUAAGUCCGAGCAACCUGAGGCUGGGUGUAUCUGUACCAAAGGCAGGGCCUACUGAAAAGAAAGGGACGACUCUCCUCUCUACUGUUCAGCCAAGUGUUAGCAGCACCUCCAAUCACUACCUAAUAAACAGGCCAGGCUUUAAGGGACCUGUACUGCUCUCAAGCACACCUCAUAGCGCGAAUGCAGACAAAACUGCAAAGACACAGUCCACUUGCUACUUGGUACAAAGGUCCGUUCCACUCGUUCAGAACCCAAGUAAUCCUGCUGUCAAACUGGCAGGUGCACAGCUCCCAGUAAACUCUCGGCCAGUUCUGGCCAUGCCUGUGAGCUCCGCAGAUAAACCCGGGCCUCUACAGCCUGGUCGGCAAGCGUUCUUGCUCCGGUACAUUACUCCACCGAAAUCUGGUCUGCUUCUAAACAAAAGUGGUAAGCCUGUGACUCAGUGUAGCCAAAUUGGUGAAAAUACCGCAAACAAAGUCAUUUUUAAAAUAGUCACUCCAACUAGUAGCCUCCUAACAAGUAGCGCUUCCACCUCAAACAGUCACCCUUUGUUUUUAGCCACCAGACCACAAACCCAGUGUUUCCUAGUGUCGUCCAACAAAACCAAUGCAAAUGCCACCAGUGGAAUAAAGAAAUUAAUCACCAUACAAAAUACUGCACAGAAAGAUGUCACAGAUUCUAACAUUUCACCCGCUCAGAUGAAUGUAAAGGUAACGGCAGGUGAGGCAGAGAAACCUGCUCUAGCCCCUAGGCCUAUUCGGCCUCCAAGCCAAAGGAAACGGCGCAGGAAACAAUUAUUUGAUGAGCUUCCAUCAACGAUACAUAAGGCUAGAAGACUCUCAAAUAAAGCACUGACUGAGAAAGAGACUCCUGUGUUAUGGAAGCCCACAGCCAAAGAAGUUGAAAGGACGCUGAGACUUUCCCCAUUCGCUUCUUCACAGCAGAUCAAAUACCCUCGUAGAUACCAACCAGUAGUGGUGCUCAAUCAUCCAGAUGCUGACAUUCCUGAAGUGGCCAACAUCAUGAAGGUUGUCAACAGGAACAAAGGUGCUGUUACUAAAGUAUCACUGUCUCAGAAAACAAUCCAGGCACUCUCUGAGCUUGAUGCCCUAGAAAAGAAUUCUUCAACCAAAUGCUCGCCGUCGCAUAGCAGCGACAUCAGACCACGACCCGUUCAGAGUUCUGUCCGGGAGCGAUUCCUUUUAACUCUGAAAUUAAGGAAAAAAAGCAGAAAGAAAUACGAGGUAGUGGACACGUUACCGGGUUGUGGACAAGACUCGGUGGUGUUUGACUGCUGGUUUUGUGGUCGGCUCUUUAAAAGCCAAGAGGACUGGAUUGGCCACGGCCAGCGGCACCUCAUGGAAGCAACCAGAGACUGGAAUAAGCUGUUCUGAAAGUUUCCAAUCACUUUCAAAUGGCUUUAUAUUUUCUGCUUACGAAGCGCAACGAGUGGUAAAAUUUGUAUAUUUUUAUCGACCUUCCACUAUACUUUAAAGAUUCUGUUAAUGUAAAUACAUAUUCUUAAGUGAGUUAGUCGAACCUUUCAUGCAUAUUCUGAUAGUAAAUGUACUGCUAGCAUGAUUUCAAUCAUGCAUGCACAGGUCAAAUUGAACUGUGAAUAUGGUACACUGUAAUUAGGAGUUGUGGUUAGAGCACUGGCAUAGAUGGAGGAGACUAUCGGCAGAGUUGGGUUAAAUUACUCAGGUUAUUUCACAAUAUUCAGAUUUGUCACGGUCGCGUAGAAAGUUGGAAAAACUAAAUCAUAAGCCUAGUUUGAGGGACUUUUGCAUAUUUUACAAGUAGGUUGGAUUUGUAUACUGUACAAGCUUUAGUUGUUGCCAAUUGUGAUGAAAAUUAAUGUUCUGGUCUUUUUUGUAUGAUGUUUUAAUUGAACAAUAUAUUGUUUUACACUUUGAACUCUACACUCAGGCUUAGUUUACGAUAUUCUAAUCAAGACUUGGUCGACCUGCAGCAUUUGUGACAACAAACCUUGGCGAUCUUGCAAACAGACAGUUGAGCAGGGAUGUUUCAUUGUUCACCCUCUGAAGUAGACAUGAUUAAUCAUACAUACUGUAACACACCCUAUGCAGUUUUAUUCACACUCAUUUGAGUUCUACAAAAAAACAUUAUAGGUUGUUCUAUAAGGAAGUUAAUUUCAUUUGCUUGUUUACUAGUUGCAGUGUUUCUCCAUUUAAUAAUGUAGAACAUGUUGACACCAGGAGACACUUUUAUUAAAAUCUGUCCAAAAUACCACUGCAGUGUCACAAUCAACGGGGCCUGACAGUGAGAUUCAAAUGAAGCAGGUAUCGAUUUAGUUGCAGAGUCAGUCUUAUCAGGUUAACGUUUUUGCUUAUAGAUAGGAUGCCAUCAAUGGAAAUCACCACUCCGUCCACAAUAACCCAGUAAAAGCCGGACCUUUUAAACUGCUGGAUGGUUUUGAUGUUAAAAGCUAAAUGAAAGAUUCUAGGCACGUUAUUGCUUGUCAGAAUUAAGACAAAGAUCCAUUUUUAGACAGAUGGGGUUGGCUGGAUCACCCCAGCAUCAUACGUACAAACAGAUUUAACACUGUACAGGAACAAGUCUUGAUGUGAAUUUGGUAUAGGGAGACGAUUUGAUUGGACCGGAUGAAGAGAAAGGCGCUCUUCAAACUAUUUUUAGUACAUUACAGUUUCUUAAUGUUUUAACAGGUGAUUUUAUGGUUCAUUUUAGAUCAUCAUUCCCUGUAGAUGUUUUAUCUGUGAUGCGAAGCACUCGACGUGACUCGUGCAUUUCACUUUCACCCUUUCUCGUUUUAAUGUUUUACUGUAAAUGUACUCACUGACAUCUAGUCAGUAUUCUGUACAUACAUUUACUUUGUUACAUGUGACAUGCUUUUUUUUCCUAAAUGGUAGCAGGACAUUAAAUGUUGUCUUCAUUAUAGGUUUUAAUGAUUGUAUUACAUGGUGGAAAGGAAUGUUUUAUUUCAUUCAAUAUGCAAAUGUUACUGAAAAUGCAAGCCAUGAUAAAAUUUUUGAACAUUCAGCCUUCCUGAAGUGUCAUCUCAGCAGGGUUGUAUGAACCCACCACUUCACAGCAGUUUGUUUAAGAUGAGCUUAUUGGUAAUCAUUUCCUGUACAUUUCCUAAAAAUGUACUCUAGCACCAGUAGUAGCUUCUCUUUGAAGGUAUGUGUUACUUUCUAAUUCGAUAGAACAAAUUCAGCGUUGCAUAUUUCACACUACGUCAAUAUGGGUUUCUGCUGAUUAAAAGAUUUUUAUUUUUCAAUGUAUCAUUAUGUUUGUCUUUUGCAUAAAUGGGAAGGUGAUUUGAAGAUUUGUGCGAGGGUUUAAUGCAGAGCAGGAGUCAGGAUGUGGUUAGCCCAACUUACCAUAAAGAAUGGAAGCAGCAUGACGGAUCACCCAAUCAGCUGGAUGAGGUUCACGUAAUCGAGAAAUGCUGCAGUGUUGUGUGCGUGCGUGCGUGCGUGCGUGAGUGAGUGUGUGACAGUGUGUGAUCUCCACUCCAGCAAAUCUCCCCAAUGAGACAUGGGGCAAGACAAACGCAUGUUGAAUUUUAAACUUUGACCUUUGUUGCAUCCUAACCAUGUCCUGACUGCAGCUCCACACUUGUUACAAAUCCCACAGGAGUCUUCACCUUUUAUUCCUUUUAUCAAAGCAGCUGGCUGUGAAAGGCUGACCUCUCCCUCUGAUUAAUGAAGCACGCAAAUUCUGUGUGGUUCACUUUAGGUGUUUAAUCACCAUCCAGUGAAUACUGUAAGGUCUGUCCUGCUUUAGAGUUUAGGUUAAAUGUGCAAGUCCAGAUUUAUUAGCUUAGGUUUUGUUUUUAGUUUAAUGGUGGAAAACAUCUUCUGAUCUGAUGAUGAAACCAGAAUUUUCAAAUCAAGGGCUACAACAUUUUGUGUAUUCAUGUAAGGAUUGAGGAUUUUUAUUUCUAAAUUAAACAUGUUUACUUAAAACCUGAUGCCAAUGUUCUAGUUCUAAACUAACCGGCUAAUCACUGCAGUUAUAAUGUAUAUGAAGUCAGCUUAGUAAUUUUAACAUACAGUGUUCACCCAACCAACUCCCAUGCAGAGUGCUUGACCAGACGCAGACGCUAUCUAACCCCCAGCUUUGUUCCUGAGGGCCGUGCGUUUGUCACAUUUACGGUGGAUUUUCAAAUCCUUAUUGACUCUUUCCUCAUGCUAAGUGCCUAAAAUGUCUUCUGACAGGUUGACAGUGUGUACUGUAAUCUCUUGUCCAACUUGUGGUUCACACUCCUCUUAAUAAAUGUACAUACUUUAUGGAUAGAAA